CCAGCCAGGUAACUUCUGACUUCACCAGUAAGGAGCAGGUGAACCAGUGAGCUUGCUUCUUAAAAGGAAAAGUUACGGAUUGUUUCUGCGAUGUGACCGAAUUAAAAACAGGGAAAACAACGAGCAUGACUUUUAGAAGCUGGAAGAAGCUUUGUUAACAGGGGGACUCUUCACAUCGCCACAGCUAUUGACUGAAAAGAGAGACAACUGGAUUUAAAAAUGUCUGGCCCCGGUGGUUUAGUGUCAGAAUUAAUUGAAGAUGUGGCACUUUCACCUGAUGGACCAACUGCAGAGCCAGAAAUAGCUGGAAGUAAAAAGCCACAAGAGAGUAACAGUGUUGAGGAAAGAAACAAGAUUACAGAUGAUGAAGAUGAAGAUGAAGAAAAGGUGUUGAAAGAGAAGGAAAAUCAAGAAGAGAACGAGGAAAUGACCAGCUCUGCUCUACUGGAGCCAAGCACGUUACCAUGGCCUGGAGACAAAGAGAAGAGGCCUCAGACGGACGACGAUGACGUCUGUUCAGAGUCUGAAGAGAGGGACACAGGGAUCAGCGGAGGAAGCCAAGACCUGUCCGAGAGUCAGACAGAGAGCGACAGAAAGAGCAAAGACAGGUGGAGGGAGAGCAUGCCCGAGGGAGAGAGGUGGAGGGAUGAUGAGAUCGAGGUGCAGCGAGACCAUAAAGGGGACAGCUCACUGGCAGAUGACGAAGAGGAAGAGGAGGAUGUUGAAGAUGGAGAGUCGAAUUGGAUCUCGGAGAAAACUGCUCUGGGUUUCACUCCACAAGUCACGAUCGUGCGUCCGUCCAGCAAAGAGCUUCCUGAGGAGAGCCGGCUCUUCAUAGAGAAGGACACUGAGAAGGAGCCGCAGGUGGAGUCCGACUCAGCAUUGCAGUUCUACCCAGAGUGGACGGAGCAGGACGACAAGUUCUACCUGUAUGAGCAUCUGUGUGGUGCAAAACUGAGGCUGGCUCUGGCGACGGCAGCUGCAGGGCUCCUCUUCCCUCUCCUGGUGUGGGGAGGUUACAGACUCCUUCCCUUUGACUCACCGCUGCUGGAGAGCGCUCCCCUCAGGGUGGUGUACACACUACGCUGCUCCUUCUUCGCCAUCAUCCCCAUCCUGCUCGGUGUGGUGGUGCAGGGCGUGGCCCGACUGCGUUACAGUGCGCUGAAGCCGCUCUAUCAGAGUCAACUGGUGCACAGAGAGGUCGCCGUGCACUGGCACUACGUGAACGAAUCACUGGCCCUCUUCCUCUUCUACUUCCUGCAGCUCGCUGUCAUGGCAACCUACAUCAGCCAGGAGCUGGUCAAACUGGUGCCGCUGCUCACCAUCAUGUUUGUUUUUGGCAGGCUGAUCUACUGGCUCUGCCUCUCUCUGGGCAGCAGCAUCAGAGGCCUCGGCUUCGGCUUCUCCUUCUUCCCCAUACUGGUCAUGCUGGGCGCCAACUUCUACUACGUCUGCUCGUCAGUCGGACAAGGGGCGGUUUUUGAAGUGGAACCACCCACGACCGCUCCUCCUCCUCCCAGUCAGCGUUGGUGGGGUUAAAGGCCGAUGUCCAUAAGACGGUGAGGUGCUAAGAGACAAACAACUGCAAACACCUGAAACAACAUGACUAAAUAACACUCAGACAGAAAACCUGCACCAGUCUUUUUGGUGUCUUUUUUUAAAGUUGCGAUCCUUAAGAUUUCAGUCCUGGUUUGGUGACACCUGUGGUUACUGAUGGUAACAGCAAAUGCGAUUUAAUACUGCAGCAAACACUCCUUGAAUAGGGUUGUCAGAAACACAGCAGAAGAGGAACAGGUGUAUCAGUUUACAGAGCAGCGAAACAAACUCAUGUUUUAACAAAGACGUCAGAUAAUCUAAACUGAUCAGAUCUAAACCGUCUGAUUUAAUUAAAAACUGCUGCCGACAAAUAACUGCGGGAAAAAUGACUGUCAUCGUGUUUUGUAGUUGGAUUUUUGAUUAACACGUUGUUUUUGUUUCCUGCGACUUCACAAUAAAAGCCACCCCGUGUUUUGCUAGUUGAAUGCUUUUAAUUUGAAGCAGCAGUAGGAAAGCAGCGACUUAAUACUUGAUCUGGAACAGUGCAAAGAGAGUGAACACUUAUCAGAAAGAUAAAAUUAUGCUGGAUUAUAGACAUACGUUUCCUGUGACUCACUUGUGCUUAUGAACUAAAAAAUUGGAAAUUGCUGUAAAAAUCCUGACCACAAAUGGGAUCAAAAUGGGGUUUGUUUUCAUGAAAAUCUUAAGGAUUACAACUUCUGUGUAAGAUAAUAUCUCUGUCCACAAAGAAAUUAUUGAUAUGAACCAGGCUGGGAGUGAAUUUGAAGCUCAGAUUGUAGACUCUGUAUGUUUUGUUUUUUUUUUGUUUGUUUUUUUUUAAGGCGAAUAUAUAACAAUAUUCACAUUGUAA